CAGCUUAAACCAUUUUCCUUUUCGCUUCAAUCAUUUCCGCCUUCCCACUCUGUCUCUCACCGACCGCAUAAUGGCAACAUGUUCAUACCUUCUCAACCACGUUCAGAUCAAAGAAUGUCCUUCUCAGGCAUUCAAGCUAGGAACUUCCAAUACCUCCGAAAGGUACAAGUUCCUCCCUAAAAGACAUACUAAGCUGAAUAGCAGAGUUGCAGGUUGUUCCUUAUGUUUCAUCAAGCCUAACAUUGAGUAUUCACAAUUUAAUUCGAGUCUGUUGCCGAAGAUAUACAAUUUGCAUGCAGUUGCAGAAGAUUUCAAGAUUGGCAUUAGUUCAGAGACAUCACAAGCUGUCUCAGAUUUUACUGGGAGAUUGGUAUUAGCUGAUCUUGACCCUGCUACUGCAAAGCUGGCCGUUGGGAUUCUAGGACCCUGUCUAUCAGCAUUUGGUUUCUUGUUCAUUCUUAGAAUAGUCAUGUCCUGGUAUCCAAAACUUCCGGUGGGAAAGUUCCCGUAUGUGAUAGCUUAUGGUCCGACGGAGCCACUUCUCAUCCCGACCCGGAAGCUGAUUCCUCCGCUAGGUGGAGUGGAUGUAACCCCUGUGGUCUGGUUUGGAUUGAUUAGUUUCCUUAAUGAAAUAUUAGUAGGUCCACAAGGACUACUUGUCCUUCUUUCUCAACAAGUUAGCUAGAGCUCAGUGAUACUUUACAAGAUCAAGGGAUGCAAAGAAUAUUUCUUAGGGGCUAUUAGUGUAUAGUUCGUUGGCGUGUAAUAUGGAAAUUUUCAUAAACGAGCUUGAAAUUAUUUUUUAAAGCUUUCUGUAAGUAAAUAUAUAACUUGGAGAGCAACUUUGAUUCUGUAGUGGCACAAAUCAAAGCUAAUAGUUAUGUUGAUUUAGUUAUUAGUAUAAUUAAAUUAACAAAUAUAUUU